AUGUUGAAGCGGGAAGAAUGGGAUGCUAGGGACGUGGGCGACGACGUAGAGGCCGGACUGCUCCCGCCAUCUUCAGCCUCUGCAGCCGGUGGUGUGGAAGAUGGCCGCAGGCACGUGGUGAUCAUCGGCGCUGGCGUGGGCGGCGUGGCCACGGCAGCUCGUCUGGCCAAGAAGCACGGCUACCGCGUGACCGUGCUCGAGAAGAACGCAUUCAGCGGUGGCCGAUGCUCGCUCAUCCACACGCCCGAGGGAUUUCGAUUCGACCAGGGCCCGAGUCUCUACUUGAUGCCGCAAUCCUACAAGCAGACCUUCGACGAUUUGGGCGUCGACAUCGAGGACCAUCUCAAGCUGGUCAAGUGCGAUCCCAACUACAGGAUGUUCUUCGACGACGGCUCCCACAUCACCCUCACCUCCGACAUGGCCCAGAUGCAGCGCGAGCUGGAGAAGGUAGAGGAGGGCGCCUUCCUGGGCUUCCUCGCCUACAUGAAAGAGGCCGGCGUGCACUACAACGACUCGGUCACCAAGAUGCUCAGCAAGAACUUCAACGCCUGGUGGGAGUUCUUCCACCCGAAGCACCUCUCGAUGGUGUGGCGAUUGCACGUCUUCAACAAGCUCUACCAGCGGACCGCCAACUUCUUCUCCUCGAGCAAGCUGCGACAGGCCUUCAGCUUCCAGACCAUGUACAUGGGCAUCUCGCCCUACGACUCGCCCGCCACCUUCAGUCUGCUGUCCUACACCGAGUGUACCGAGGGCGUGUGGUACCCGAUGGGCGGCAUGCACUCGGUGGUGUCGGCGCUCGAGUCCAUCGCCACCCAGCACGGCGCGCAGUUCCACUUUGGCGAGAGGGGCAACGUCAAGGAGAUCGUGCUGGACAGCAAGACGAACAAGGUGUGGGGCGUGCUCCUGCAGGACGGGUCGUACGUCAAGGCCGACGCGGUGGUCUGCAAUGCGGACGCGCCGUGGGCCUACAACAACCUCCUCCCCGCCACCCCCUACGCCAAGAAGGUCGACCAGCUGGAGUACACCGCCUCCACCAUCUCUUUCUACUGGUACCAGCCCCUCAUCAUCAUCACCGUCACCGUCACCAUCAUCACCCACAUCAUCUUCUGCUUUUCUCACAUUCCUCAUGUUGUUACGAACAAAGGGGUCUGGAUUCUGUCGGCGCACAACAUCUUCCUGAACGGCGACUACAAGAAGUCGUUCGACGACAUCUUCCAGAACUCGGGGCUGCCGCAGCACCCGUCGUUCUACAUCCACGUCCCGUCGCGCAUCGAUCCGUCGGCGUCGCCCGACCGGGGCAAGGACGCGGUGACGGUGCUGGUGCCCAUCAGCUGCAUCAAGGCCGACCGCCUCCAGGACUGGGACAAGCUGACCGACUACGCGCGCAAGUACGUCUUCAACGUGUUCCACACCAAGUUCGGCUUCGACAUCGGCCAACACAUCAUCUCCGAGCGCAUCAACACGCCGCUCACCUGGCGAGACAAGUUCAACCUCCAGCACGGCGCCGCGCUGGGCCUGAGCCACAACGUCACCCAGAUCGGGUGGAUGCGGCCCAGCAUCUGCCACGCCACCUACGACAACAUGUUCUUCGUCGGCGCCUCGGUCCACCCCGGCACCGGCGUGCCCAUCGUGCUCCACGGCGCCGCCCUGGUCGAGGACGAGGUGCAGCACUACCUCGCCACCGGCAAGAAGCGAAAGCCCUCCCUCUUCUCCUCCUGGGUCGUCCUCCUCUACCUCCUCGCCAUCCUCCUCUUCCUCUUCUACUUUGUUCUGUAA